GAAAGGUCGCGCGCAUGCGCGGCAGUCAACGCUAUGGAGCCCGCCAGUGCUUUCCGCUGUCACGUCGUCCUCGCGUUGCUGGCCGCCCUGCUCCGGGCGCACGCCGUUACUUCGGACAAGCAACAGGGCUGCCAUCACUAUGCCGGAGGGCACGUUUAUCCGGGGGAGGCUUUCCGAGUGCCGGUUUCUGACCACUCGCUGCACCUCAGUAAAGCCAAGAUUUCAAAACCUGCACCAGAUUGGGAAGGUACGGCGGUAAUAGAUGGAGAAUUCAAAGAGCUGAAACUUGCAGAUUUUCGAGGGAAAUACCUUGUCUUUUUUUUCUACCCACUUGAUUUUACUUUUGUUUGCCCCACUGAGAUAAUAGCUUUCAGUGACAGAAUAAAUGAAUUCAGAUCGAUUAAUACUGAUGUCGUGGCCUGCUCUGUUGAUUCCCAGUUUACGCACUUGGCAUGGAUAAAUACACCAAGAAAACAAGGUGGACUAGGACCAAUGAAGAUUCCACUUCUCUCAGAUCUUACACACCAAAUUGCAAAGGAUUAUGGUGUGUAUUUGGAGGACCAAGGGCAUACACUUAGAGGCCUUUUUAUUAUUGAUGACAAAGGAUUACUGAGACAAAUAACAAUGAAUGAUCUUCCGGUGGGCCGGUCAGUAGAUGAAACACUUCGAUUGGUCCAAGCAUUUCAGUACACUGAUACGCAUGGUGAAGUUUGCCCAGCUGGUUGGAAACCUGGAAGUGAUACGAUAAUUCCAGAUCCAGCUGGAAAACUGAAGUAUUUUGAGAGAGAACUUUAAAUCACUAUGUUUUUAAUCAACUUGACUGAAACAAUAAACUGACUUGUAAUGUG